GUCCCACUGGGACCCGUAACGGGACCCGAGGGCGGCAUCCCUCGACCCUCCCCCAUCCGUGCCGCCACCUGCGACCGGAAAAAUUGCACGAGCCGUCGCGCUCCGCCGCCCAAGUCGCGCAUGUCGCCUCCCGUCACAUGACGAGGUUUGUAAACAUCGUACCGUUUGAUGUUUGACAUUAAUUCCAACAUGGCGUGUAGUGUUAUCAGUGAUAAACAUUAGAAGUGCCACAUGCAGAAUGCAGGACAACAGUUUGGCCAAGGUGGUGCCCCCUCCCACCAAGGUGCUGCUUACGGGCACACAGAAUCCUCGCAGACCGCCACCGGGAGUAUAACUAGCUCCUUGAGGCAAUUUAGGAAAAAGGAUGUGGACAAACAACAAGUGAGCGAGAACGGCACCACCGUGGCCGAAAGCCAUGUGGCGCGGGUGGCCCCGCACAACCACUACCCACCCAGGCCCCAAGACUGCUACCGGUAUCCUCCCCAAUUCCCCGACUAUGCCCUGCCAUCGCAAGUAAAAUACUCUGAGAUCUCCGACCACCAGCCAUUACAAGAGCAAAUAUCCCCUUCCGUGAUACAGAAGGCGAAAGGGAAGGAAUACAUGGAGAUGUGCAACGUACCGCAGCCCCACAUGAAGCAGGGGUACCCCGACCAACUCAACAACCAACAGCCCUAUGGUACGGAUCCCAAUCUACAUCCCCAUGCCCAAUAUCUGCAGAAAGACCCUCAGCAAAGAUUUCUCCCACAGGUCCACCCAUCGUACAAACCCGAAUCUCAGUACUACCCCAAAGAAGCGCAAUACCAACAACUGCCCCCUCAGAUGCAGAAGUACAACAUGCCGCCGCAGAUGAGGAAGUACCCGACUGAAAACGAUUUCCUCUCCAAGCUGAGGAGAAUCCACCCCACCAUGGCCAGGUCUAUCAUGAGCGAGCACCAUCUACAAGAGUCGCAGUCUUCUUACCAGCCCAUGGACCAGAACCGGAUAUAUCCACACCAGAACCAGCGAUACAUGAACUACACCGCGCCCAUGCAGAACAACCCUUACCCGCACGGGUACAUGCCCCCGCAGCCUUACUCUAACUAUCCGCCUUCGUGCAGUUACACGAGAUCUCCGCAGAUGCCCCAAAGGUUCCCUUCCACGAACCCCCACGAAAGGAGUAUAUCUCCUCGUAGGACUUACACCGAUAACCUCCCGAUCCCUCCUAUGAAUUACACCGCGAUACCACAGAGGAUUUCUCCCAAUUACCCCCAAUAUAACACUCCGGAAUACGCGCAACACUAUCAGCACCGUAGAGGACCUGUUGCCCCUCAAGAGUUUUAUCCUCAACCUUGUAGGACCACUCAAUACAUGCCACACCAGAUGCCGCAGCCGGAGCUAGCAGAAAACAGGGUAACGGUAUCCGACAGUAUCAAGCAAUACAUAGAGAAUUGGGCUGACGAAGAGACGGCUUCCGAAAUGAACCAAAUGGAGACCAACAGACUAUGCAAGGAAAACUUAAGAAAUCGAGACGAACAAUCAACGGAAACAGUAUACAUGAUAAACGCCUCUGAACUGCAAUAUUUAGAGAACGGGAUACCGCUGGUUACAUCAGAAAACGGAAUACCACUGGUAACUUCGGAAAACGGCCAGUAUUUUUUAAAAAGCGGCGUAACGAUUGACAACUCCACUGGAAUGGUUAGAAUAGUGGAAAAACCUACCCAAAUCGAGUCGGCUGAGAGUACCGUCGAUAGAGUCGUCAACCUCCACAUCAUGGACCCUGUGAAACCAGACUGCAUGUUAGCGAAUAAACCAAGCGAAUCGAGCCAAAGACAAAAUGAGAAUAUGUGCAAUAUGACCGAAAAGACUAAAGUGGUGAUUCAUCAGAACACUGUGAUACAGAGUAGUCAGGUGAGCGCGACUAGAAAAACAGGAAUGGGUGUAGAAACCGAGCAAUUUCCCAAAAAAGUUGGUACCAGCCUGCCUAUACUGGUAGAGAAUGGUGUGACUGCAGAUGUGACUCCUUUGGAAGAGUUCACGAAAAAUGUUUUCAAAGAAUCCAAAAAAGAAACUGUCGAUAAAAAUUGUUCACCUAUAAACAUGGAGCAAAUUGAGAAUGGAGAUGAUUUCAACGAAAAUCCAUCCGUGAUUUGUCCUUUGAAGCUGUUGGAAGAUUCGGUGGUACCACAGGAGGAAAAAGAGGUGGACAAUGUUGAGAAACUGAAAAACAUGCCUAUUAUCGAUUUGUUACCAGAAGAAAAUAAGGACAAAGACGAAAAACCUACUAUCGCUCAUGCAAACCAAACACAAAUUGAAUUAAGAGAGAACACCACAAGUGACGAUGAAUGUGAAACAAAGAAUGAUUCGGAUACGACUGUGACCAAUAACGACAAUUCUCCGUGUAGCAAUACAGAUAGAAAUGAUGAUACAGAAAUAAAAAAUAUCCCAGACUGUAAAGAAAUCGUUGAAAACGAUAAUAAUAAUACAGAGAAAAUAGCUGAGAUUGUAACAGGAGAAAGCGACGUUAUAAAAGAACCAAAACAAGAAACCAAAGAGAUCACAACAGAGCUUACCAAAGAGAUAACUGAUGAACCGCCACCUUCUGAAACAGUUGAAGAAAUAUUCGAAAAUGAUGUUCCGGAAAACAGAAAUGAGGCGACAAACACGAUAGAUGUAGAUAAUACUAUGAUAACUAAAAAUAAUGAAACUGAGAACACAGUUAAAGAUUGUAGUACGACUGACCAAAAUCCAUCGGUUAAUAUUCCUGCUUCAAAGGAAAUUAACAAAGAAAGUGAAAACAACAUAGCUAGCACCUCAAACUAUUCAGAAAAGAAGCCCAUUACAUCAUUUUCAGACAUUUUCUUCGAACAAACAGUUAAUAAGUCUACCACUAGAAGAGCCAAGAGGAUAUUUUCCGUAGACGACAUUAUAAACAACAUCGGAAAUAAUACAAACAAAUCGAAACUGGAUACGCAAUUUUCCGAAAGAAGAAGAAGCUUGCAGAUAACAAGAGAAUUCUUGGAAAGGGAAAUAGAUGCUUCACACAUAUUUCCGUUAAGACUGGUAUCAAACGAACACCUUACCGACAUCUGUGAAGAGAAAAAAGAAGAAAAGGAAAUGGAUAGGGUCGAAACGGUGGAUGCCUGUGAAGAACAAGUUAAUCAAAUAAAAGGAAUAACCGAUGAAGAAAAUAAAGAAAAGGAACAGAUAACUGAAGAAAAUGACAGUACGAUUAAAGAAUCUAACAUAGUAAUAAAUGAAGAAGAAAAAUUAAAUGUAAUAGCAAGUGAGAAAGUGGAAGAAGAAGAGAUGAUAACUAAAGAGAGUGAGGUAACUGAGAAAGAAGAAAUAGAAGAAACAAAGCAAGAUCACCCAGUGAAUGAAACCAAAGAAUUAGAAAUAUCUUGUAAUCGAGAUGCCGAAGAAAAAGUAACAGUUAAUAUCACAGUGGAACCCAUCAUUGAAAAACAAGUAACAAAUUUUGAUAACAAGGAUGACCAGACAGAAACAAAUGAAGACAGUGUGGGUUCUGUAACAAACUCUUCAAUAAAUAAGGAAGACAAUACCUCAGAAGAAACAAAUAUUUGCACCAAUGAAAUGAAAUUACCUAUAUGUGAUGAUAGUAUCGUCAACAAUGUUGUAGAGGAACAAGAAGUCAUGAUAGACAAAGCCGAUUCAUAUGACAACUCACACUCUGCGGACACGACGCCAGAGGUACAAACAGAUUUAGCCGUGAAAGAAAUAGACCUAGACGUUGCUACCGACAAUGAAGUUCAUUACAGAAAUGCCAUACGUGUUGACGAAAACAAUGUCCUGCUGGAAAUAGCUGGAGAACUAGUGGAGAUAAGCGUCAACAUCAUCAACGGCAAGAAAGUGAUCACCGUGUUGCCCCUGUCCGAAUCCACAAUGGUUGAUUUCAACGAUAACUACGAGACUUUAGACACUACUCAAGUUGACGAAGGCAUAAAAACCAAUGCGAGCGAUGACGAGCAUAACUUGGAGACGUCACAGUUACUUUCUAACGAUGAAGUCCCCCCCGAGCCAGAUGUUAUAGAAUCCACUAGUGAAAUUAUCAUAGGCCUUGAUAUAAGCCUGGAGGAGGAGAUACAACUGGACUUGGAGAAGCCCCCAAGUCUAAGUACCAAAGCCGCGAAGAAGUGCUAUGAAAACGACCUGCAGAUCCCUUCCAUUACGACUAGCGAGGACAUCACGGAUAACAAUAAGGUCACGAGUUACUCACCGAAUGACAAGGUAAGUUCCAGCAAAGAACAGAGACCUGAAAAAUUCAAAAGUGAGAGGAAAAAAGUUGGUAAGAGUCUGAAUGCUUCAAAAAAGAGUAGUACAGUCAAAAAGAAACACACAGACGAUAAGUCUAUAGUGAAAGAACUGAUGAAAAUCAGGAAAGUAAAGGAGACAUUGCAGCAGAGAAAAGAUGAAGAAGAGGUCGAAGAAUUUGUUCCAUUCAAAGAGCUCAUCAAGGCGAGGAAGUUAAAAAAAAUGAAGUUGCAACAAAUGAAGAGCGAUGAAAAUGUCAGCGCGGAUUCUACGAAUAGACUGGACCAGGAAGAGUCUAGUGAACUUGAUUCGGAGACGAAACAAGAAAACUGUACGCAUAAAGAAGAUACGACUGAAAUUCGAACCAAAGAAAAAGAAACGUCUGAAGGGGAGACGAUUGAAAGUGUUUCAGAUGUAACUAAAGAUGAUAAUGGAGAACUUGUAGAGGAAACUAAGACAAAAGAUAUAUCGAAAACCAAAGAUUAUCAAUUUAAGGUACAAAAAUCAUAUAAAACCGAACAGAAAAGGAAAAAAGCAAACAAUGAAACCAAAAGUGAAUAUGAUGCAAAGUCAAUCAAGAGAAUAGAAGUUACUGAAAGUAUCACAGAAAAAGCAAUAAAAAAGGUAACUUUUGGUAGCGUAAGCUACAGCGAAUCCGAAAAAAGUCUUGAAACUUUCCACUCUGAAGUUAAAAACUACAGACUGGAAGAUCCAAGACUAAAAUCAAGGCCAAACUGUGGGAUACUAGUACCGAGUGUGUCGGAACUGUUAAAUGAAAGUGACAGGUUGGCAAACAAUAAGAAAAAGCUAAGUUUGGCGGAAUACAACAACAGAAAAAGAAAACUGGCCGUCAGUACCAAUGAAAAAGAAACUAAAAUAAGAAAAAUCAAUUUAGUACCUUAUACCGAACCAAAACCAGACAUCAAAAGGCCUAAAGAACCGCUAAACAGGGCGAAGAUGUCCCGACCCAAAUCGUUGGACGAUAUAAAAUUAUUCGGAAAACCCAAAGACCCUUCCCUGAUGAAAAGGAAGUUUAGCUUAGAAGUGACGAGUUCAAAACCCAAUUACUUCGACUGGGAGGAGACCCAGUCCCCAAAGACCAACCUAGAAUCCAAGGAAGACCCCCAGAAGCGUCUUAGCGAAUUCAGAGGCCUUAUCAACAACAACAAAUCAAAAGUAGUAGUAGACGUAAGUGAUCUAAAACCCCCCACAUCGGAAGGUUCGGAAGACGAAAUUCUGCAAAACUAUAAGGAGCAGGUCGACUCGAAAUUGAGCUCCUUGAACCUGCAGAUACCCAGGGCGGCCAAACCUCCGACGAACAUCAUAAAUCCGUUUUCCAACACGGAAACCAUCACCCUGAUGCAGAGGUUCCUGAGAAACGAGAAAUUAUCAGGCGACGAGAUGGAAAAGAUAAAAAAGAUCAUAUCUUACAAAAGGCUGAUGCAGCAACUAGACAGGAUCAAAUCACCGGGAUUGAGCAAUUCACCUUUAAACCCGUCUUACGAGAUCAGGAAGAAUUGUACGGAGAAAGAGAUGAAACUACACCUGAAGAAAGUGCCCGAGAAAAAGAAGAAGAGGUUCCGUAACUUGUACACCGACUCGACUACAGAAUCGGAUAGUGACUUUUGUGAUUUUAAGAGGAAUAAUGGGGACUAUUCUGUGGUUCAGUCGAACAGUUACGCGGCCGGUGUGCCUAAGUUGAUAAUAAAAAGGAAAACUGAGAUGCCUGUGCCUGUUGUGAGGCUAGAAAGGUUGGACCUGAACCUCCUCAACAACAGAAAACGGAAGUUUUGUUGAAUUAUUUUUUUACCUAUGAUAAAUGCAGUGAUAAAGGGACCAAAACAUACCAAAGUACGUUGUUGUUUGUUCCAUUUAGUUUAUAUUUUGUUAGUUAUAAUUAUUUUUUUAAAGAAAUUAAUAUAAUUUAUUUUUUAUUUUUGGUUAUGGUUUACAUGAAGGGGAAAGCAUCGUUUAGUUUCGGUCGAAAUAGCCUGGAAUGUAAGAGGAGUGCCACCGUCACUAUGUCACAUGAAACAAACAGAUUUUUAUACUUACAGGUGUCUUCGCUUUUACUAUUUUCAUUUAGUUUAAAUGUUGCAUGAUUCACAUGCCAGGCUAAAAUAAAAACUCAUUUCUUGUUAACAGUGAAACUUAAUCAUAGAUUUGUACUUUGAGGAGUUUAAUUCAUUGAAAACUUGACGAUUUUCUUUCAAAAUGAAUUUUUAAAAAAUUGUUUUUAUUUAAUUUACUAUCCUUUUCUAUUGAUCAGGGUAAAAAAUUUAGAAAAAUUUACGUUUUUGUUGAUAAUUCUCAAUUUUUUUUAUGAUAUUAAAAAUUAGCAUUUAAGAAAACAAAUUUUUUAAUCAACAACGGUGGAUCUUACACCGUAAAAACAUUUUACGGUCUACAUAAUUUUGUCGCAAUUGACAUCAAACUGCCCGAGAUUUUUUCAUUCCGUAUAAAAAAGUACAACUACCGUUGAUGUUAAAUCAUUUAGAUUGGUACACAGAGUUUAACAAGUGUUUUGCCUCGUCCAACGUAACACUGACGGAUAAAAUCCGUCAGUGAGACGUUUGUUUGAAUAUUUAUAUGAUAAACGUUGUCAAUUUUACACAUUUUAUAAAGAAUAUUCGCAGCUCAUACACAGUAUUAAGACAUGCCUUCUUCAUUGUUAAAAAUGCAUACUGACUGUUUGUGAAAUUAUUAAACUGAUUCUAAUUUAUACACAGAUAGAAGUGCCUCCAAAUUGAGGUUGCGGGUGUAUAUUUUUUCGUAUUGGGAAUUUUUAAGGACGCUAUAUUUUUAGAUAAAUUGUAUCGAAAGUUUUUUGUGUACAAUGAUAAGCCUGACUUUCAUUCCAUAAGUGAACAAAGCAAUGUUUUGUAGGUAAUUUUGUUGACGAUGGUCUUUUUCAAGACUGUCAAACUAAAAACGUGUAUAAAUCAUAAACUAAAUCGAAUUUUCAUCGUUUGCCAGUCUUGAAUAUAACCAGCUUUUCGAAGUCUGUAAGUUAUUUUGUAUCCUUAAACAAAUGCAUUCCAAUUAAAUAAUCUAUUGACAUAUCAUAGAAAAACUCGUACGAAUACAGGGUGUUCCCAUGUCUAGUCCCUAUCAUAAAGAAAUAUUAUUUAUUAGUUUAAUAUGUUAUUGUUAUAUAUUAUAUAAUAUACACCUGUUAUGGUACCUAGAAGCAACAUUUCUUUUCUGUUCUAUAUUGUUACUUUAUGUCAUAGAUAAUUUACGCCAAAUAAAUAUUGUUCUUUUGUUGGUCAUUACAGUUUUUCUAUGAUAGAUUUCAUGUUAUUUUGAAUAUGAGUUUUAGUUACCGAAAUAUGCACUGAUUUUGUAAAUUUACCACCUUCGGAACGUACCGAAAAGGAUUUUCAGAACCGACGAAGUACCUAAACAUAGCUUCGUUUAGAAUUUGUGCCACAUAUCUAUAGAUCUAUCUAUAUAUAUUUGUAACUAUAAAACUAGUUUUAUCAGUAGUUGUGAUAGCGUCGGAAUUUAUUUGGUACGUUCUGCACUUAGGAGCCCUACGUGUUUGUAAUUUUCUAGGUUAUUGUGAGUGCCUUAGCACCUAUGUGAUUGUAAAUUUUGUACCAAGUUACUGGUAGUGUAUAUCCAGCACCGUGUUAUUAAAAAUGUUU